AUGCAACAACGUGCUUCUGCAAGGAAAUAUUAUAUCUCUAGAUCCCAUGACUGCAAUAGAAGCACCACUCAUAUAAUUGCAGAUAGUUGGAUAUGGGAAGAAGACCCAGAGGAACUACCACCUCAUGGUCAUAUAACUUCACUUUCAGUCAUGAGAACAUAUAGAAGAUUAGGAAUUGCAGAAAAAUUAAUGACACAAGCUCAAAAAAAUAUGGUGGAGGUUUUUAAUGCACAGUAUGUUUCAUUACAUGUAAGAAAAAGUAAUCGAGCAGCUCUAAAUUUGUAUAAAGAUACAUUAAAAUUUGAGAUUCAUGAAAUAGAAAAGAAGUAUUAUGCAGAUGGAGAAGAUGCAUAUGCUAUGAGAAAAGAUUUGCAAACUAAUACUAGUAGUAAUAUUAUUUCAAGAACUCUUAAUCCCAUUCCAUGA